CCUCCUCCUCCUUUUCGUUGAGUCCGCAACAUCCUGACUGGCCGAGGCUGGGGAUCGCAGGCAGCGGCAGCGACAAGCCCCCUCAAGACGGAUGAAUUAGAAAAACCUGCUGUAACCACCACCACCCCCUUUUUCUUUUAUUUAUUGUCUGUAUUGAAGAGUCGGGCUUUAAACACUGCUGCCCUCCUCUUGACAGUGUGAAGCGGAUACAAGCUGAUUGCUUUUCAACCCGUUAGGUUCCCUGUGUACUGAUUCACCAUGGGGAUCAAGGCUGCCCUCCCCAGAUAUGAGCUGUAUCUCUACACAGCUGUACUCGCCGUGGCCUUGAUAUGGGCAGGCAGUUGGAUAUUUGAAGCUUCAAGUGAGAAUGUAAACAGGAAGGCCUUCAAAGAGAGUGUGAAACCAGGAUGGCAUUACUUUGGCAGGAAAAUGGAUGUUGCAGACUUCGAAUGGAUGAUGUGGUUCUCUACAUUCCGCAAUCAUAUCCUUUUUGCUCUCACCGGUCACGUGAUCUUUGCCAAGAUAUUCACCCUGGUAGCUCCAAAGAUUGGUAUAGAUGGAUGUAAGCACAGAUCCUUGAUCUUUGGUGUGUACGGUGGUUUGGCCGUCCUGGUGACGAUGGGCUGGACCUUCGUGGCUCUGAUUCUGUCUCACUGCAUCAUACUCUACAGUGUUGCACUGGUCAAGAUGAAGUGGAUGUGCUUUGCAGCUGGUCUCGCCACACUGGCCUCCAUCAAGCUGGAACCCUAUAACUCCUGGCAGGAAACCUUGGUGACCGGCUCCUUCGACCUGCAAGACAUCCUGUUCUACGGAGGCUGCGGCUUCAGCAUCAUGCGCUGUAUGAGCUUCGCUUUAGAGAACUGUGAAAAGAAGGACGGCAACUACACAUUCUCUGACCUGCUGAAAUACAACUUCUACCUCCCCUUCUUCUUCUUUGGACCUAUCAUGACCUUCGACCAGUAUCAUGCCCAGGCGAACAACACCAAGCUGACCCGCAAAGAGAGGGAGAUGUGGAACAUCACCACCAAGGCUUUGUUGCACCUGGGAGUUAUUAUGGUGGUGGACGUCUUCUUCCACUAUCUUUACAUCUUGACAAUCCCCAGUGACAUGAAGCUGGUCACCAAGCUGUCUGACUGGUGUCUGGCUGGCCUGGCUUAUUCCAACCUGGUGUACGACUGGGUGAAAGCAGCCGUGAUGUUUGGCGUCAUCAACACUGUGGCUACACUGGACCACCUGGACCCUCCUCAGCCCCCCAAGUGUAUCACCAUGCUCUAUGUGUUCGCUGAGACGCACUUUGACAGAGGCAUCAAUGACUGGCUGUGCAAGUAUGUUUAUGACUACAUCGGCGGGGAUCAUGAUAAAAUCUUCAAAGAACUCUUGGCAACCAUAUGCACCUUCGCUAUCACCACCUUGUGGCUGGGUCCGUGUGAACUGGUUUACAUCUGGUCCUUUUUCAACUGCUUUGGCCUCAACUUUGAGCUGUGGGUGGCCAAGUUAUUCUCCUUUCCACCGUUUUCUACCCUUGAGGGUGUUAUGGGUGAAGCUAUGUCGCGCAGGAUCCGUGGCGUGUUCAACGCUGCCAACUUCUGGGCCAUCAUCCUCUACAACGUUCUCUCCCUCAACAGUUUGGAGUUUGCCAAACUUGUGGGCAGGAGGCUGAUUUUCAAAGGUUUCCCUCUGUCCACCCUCUCUGUGUUGCUUGUGACCUACUGUGGUGUUCAGCUGGUGAAGGAGAGGGAGCGACAACAAGCUCUGCUGGAUGAUCCCGAGCCGCUGAAGCCGGUCGAUGGCGGCAAAGAAAAAGCUGAAUAAACAGACAAGAGUUUCACAGACUUCAUGGCCGACAGCCCCCUCACAUUGUUCCAUCCUCGGCCUUGCGAACUGUAACUGAAACAGACUGUAACAGCCAGUCAGCACCUGCAUUGUUCAGAAGCCCGUGUUUUUUUUGUUUGCUUUUGUUUGUCAGAAGCGAGGCAAUGUUUUGAACUGUGAAAUAUCCUCAAGUGCACUUGCUGUAGAUAAUCGCCACGUCCUCUGGCACAAACCCACCGAUGGUGCAUUUUCUAUUUUAUCCGAACACAAGAUUGUUUAGCAAAUUAUAAGCCUGCCGAAUAUUUUAGGACACUAUACUGAAUAGUAUAUACAAGGAAAUACAGUAAAGGAAAAACUACUGUUCUCUGUGUAGUUGUCUCCUGUCCAUUUUUGACUUUUCUCAAAUUUGGACAUUCUUUCUUUUUAAAACAAUAAUCGUCAACAUGAUUAUUUUUAGUCAGACGGUGUCUCAACUUUACUUUAGGCAUCUUUUAUUCUAAUCAUAUCUAACCACACUGAAAGGGUUAAAAACUUGAGAAAACUUGAACACGAAUGAAGUGCAAUGAAGCAAGUAAAGAAAGGGUGCUGAGGGUGCUGCACGUUGCUUGCAGCUAAUUUUGAAGUAUAUUUGCUCCUAUGUCAAAUACAAGUCAGGAUGUAGAGGAUAGUUUAUUAUAAUGUUGACUGAGAAUGUAUUCAAUCUCUCAUAGUGUCGAAAACUGAAUGUAGUUCAGCUAUCUGGAGAAUGAGAGCUAACUCCACUACCAUCCGUCCACAGGAGAUUACAGUAGGUGUGACAUUUCAGGAUAUCUUUCCCUUCCCGCUCUCGCUCUCUCUCUCUCUCUCUCUCUCUCUCUUACUCUCGCUCUCUCUCUCACUCUCUCACUCUCUCUCUCUCUCUCAUGAUCCAGGUCCUCAGUUCGCUAUGAAAGGCAACAGGCCCAGCAGGGAAAAUGGGUCAGUCACAUCCUGCCUGUCACUAAAGCAAAGCCUGCUGUGUGUCUUCACUGCAGCAGAUAGUCAGGAAUAAGUUUAUGCAGGUUUUAAUGCCUUUUCUCACUGAACGGUUUUUAUUCAAAACUGUUUAAUUCAAAAUAUUUGACUUGAAAUAAAGUUUUGUUUUUAAUCCGAAA